UAUACAUUUCAGAUGAUAAAAAGAUAUUACCAAAGAGACAUACUAAUUUGUUACAUGGUAUAUCAUUCGGAUUGUUGACUAUGUAUUUUCUUCAACUAAUUGUCAGUGUGCUCGUAAUUUCUCCAGUUGUUGAUUGUUUUCUCCCCAGGAAAUCAGUUGUUGAUAGUCUUGGACCCACAUAUCGGUCUAAAUGGGGAACGUGGGGUCGUGUGCAGUAUUGUGCGGAAGGUACAUAUGCUGCCGGAUAUGAAAUGAAGAUAGAGCCUAGCCAAGGACGUGGUGACGAUACAGCACUUAACGCAAUUGCACUUGUGUGUGUGUCACUAAAAGGUAAACACUUUGGUGGGACAAUCACUUCAACUGCUGGGCCUUAUGGAGACUGGACUGGGGUAUUUAUGUGUCCGAAUAAUGUGUUUCUAAAAGAGUUUGCAUUACAAGUAGAAGAAUCCCAAGGAGGUGGGGACGACACGGCUGCGAACUAUAUUAAGUUCAUAUGUGGACCUUUGCAUUCUGUGAAGUCUAGCUACGAACUUGCACAUACGCGAGGACAUUGGUUAUGGGGAGAAAUGACUGGAUGGAGUAGGACAUGUCCAACAAACUCUGCAAUAUGCGGCAUUCGGACUAGAGUGGAAGACUGUCAACACGGCGCAGAUGACACUACUCUUAAUGACGUCAAAUUCUACUGUUGCAAUGAUGACUCUUGGAAUUGAAAAAUUAAACUAAACUUCAUGAUAAGACAUUUGUGUAGAAUCUGUCCUAUGUAUAUCUCUCAGUAAAUAUCGUGCUAUGUAUAUAAUUUUUUCAAUGUAAUUAAUAGAUGAAUCGUUUGUAGAAUCAACUUUCACCAACCUUAAAAGAAUUCAUUAAAGACUAUUGGUAAUAAAUACUUCUCUAAAAGAAGCCCUGUAUUCAAUAUUACUAUCUCAAAGACAAGCAAAUAUCUUAAAAAUAGAACAAAUAUCAGUUUGACACAAAACAAAGACACCAUAUCACACAGAAAAGAAGAAUCAUGCCCCCUAUACAAAAAUUUAAAAUCUAGGAUAAUAAAACUGUUAUAGUAGCUGUAGAAAAUGAUUUUUUGUUAUGUAUAAUCAUAUGAUACAAAAAUAUAUAAGAAUUUUCCUUGUACAAUAUAUAAAUAUACAGGUAUAAAACAUGGAUGAUUGAACAUGCAGAAUAUUUUCAGAUAGAUUAUGCUACACAGAAAUGUCAUAUACAUUUUACAGCAACUGUAUUUUUCUUUUAAAGGCACAUUAUGCUUCAGAAAUUCAAUGUAUUUUUCAUUCUUAAGAAACGUCAAACACGUGUUUAAUUAUGUUUUAAUUAUGGAUUUUGAAGUAUGUUAGAUGUUAAACAUCUCAAGAAAUUAGCACUGAACAUGCAGUUAUGCAUCCAAAAGAUAGCAAAAUGUAAACAAAGUGGUAUAUGGACUUCCAAUUACAAAAUACUGAUUCGCUACAACUAUACCGAUUGCUAACAGAACUAUAGUUACAAAAGAUAGUCCAUGUAUAUGGCAAAGUAGUAUUACUUUGAAAACAGUAACAAGAUACCAAAAUUUAAAAGUUUAAGAGAAAUAUAUUUUAUUGGUAGUAUUUCUGAGACAUAAUGGGCCUUUAAUUAACAGAUGAUAUCUUAAAGCAGCACGCCUCCAGAUUCAUGUUAAUAUUUACAAAAACUUUGGAAAUGUAUUUAAAAGUAAUAUAUUGUGAGUUGAACAAAUAAAGUAAUUUACAUAUUGAAGUCUUCACUUACAAUCAAAGAAAAUUACCAAAAAGUUGUCAACAUAUGCAACAAUAGUCCUAACUGCGUUAGUAAUCCAGUGGAAAUAUGGUGAUAAAAUACAGCAAAAUCAGUCUUAAACUACACAUAACAUGAAAAAUAUAACUUGGAUCGGGAAUAAUUUUACUUUUCUUACAAUUUUAGUACAUUUUUCUCAAUAUUGAUUUUCUCGAAAUAUUUUGGCUCAUCUGGAGGCGUGCAGCUUUAACACUUUAACAUUAAUGGAACACAAUUAUUUUAUUCAUAUAACAUGUUGAAAGCUGUUAUCAUAUUCUUAAUAGUGUUCUGUGGAGUAAAAUGAAAAAAAUGUUAACCACUCUUCAAUAUUUUCAAUUAAAUGUUUCUUUCAAUGCA